AUGCUCCCCUCCCCCAUCUCACUAAAUCCUCUGGUGGCAAACAUCCAGCAGUCACGUGGAGAGCGCCGGAUCUUCGACUGGCCUUUGAGGCUUGGAAGAGCGCCGGGAAGUGCCGGCGGAUCAGGGGCUGAGGAGACGGUUGACGCCGGACGUCGCGGUCGACUGCGCAGCCAGCAGCAGCUUGUGAUUGGCACAGUUGAAGAAUCUAGAAUUUACAGACUAGGAGUAAACGCAGAUAUGUUGCAUAACUCUCAAUCAAAUGAUAUUCCUCAACGUCGUGACUCAAAUUACAGUAGCCCAACUAACAAGCAUUCACUGGAAGAGGAUGAAAGCAGUAACUUUAUAACACAGAGCAGGGAUUUGCUGAGCCCAGUGUACUGCACACAAGAGUCAAGAGAGGAACCUUCAGGGCCAGAAGCUGGAGCAGAUCCCUCUGAUGGUCAGCAAGAUUCAGAAUGCCGCAGAAACAAAGAAAGUAUCUUAGGAAAAGAAGUAGUAUUAUUGAUGCAAGCCUUAAACACUCUUUCAACUCCAGAGGAGAAGCUGGCAGCACUGUGUAAGAAAUAUGCUGAUCUCCUGGAGGAGUUCAGGAACGUUCAGAAGCAAGUGAAGAUUCUGCAGAAGAAGCAAGCCCAGAUUGUGAAAGAGAAAGUUCAGUUGCAGAGUGAACACAGCAAGGCUAUCUUGGCAAGAAGCAAACUAGAGUCUCUUUGCAGGGAACUUCAACGUCACAAUAAGACAUUAAAGGAAGAAAAUAUGCAGCAGGCAAGAGAAGAAGAAGAAAGAUGUAAAGAAGCAACUGCACAUUUCCAAUUUACUUUGAAUGAAAUCCAGGCACAACUAGAACAACAUGAUGUACACAACGCCAAACUCCACCAGGAAAAUAUUGAACUGGGAGAGAAACUGAAGAAGCUCAUUGAACAGUAUGCACUGAGGGAGGAGCAUAUUGAUAAAGUGUUCAAACACAAGGAACUGCAACAACAACUUGUGGAUGCCAAGCUUCAGCAAACAACACAGCUCAUAAAGGAAGCUGAUGACAAACAUCAAAGAGAAAGAGAGUUUCUAUUAAAAGAAGCAACACAAUCGAGGCACAAGUUUGAAGAAAUGAAACAGCAAGAAGUACAGUUAAAACAGCAGCUUUCUCUUUAUAUGGAUAAGUUUGAAGAAUUCCAGACUACCAUGGCAAAAAGCAAUGAACUGUUUACAACCUUCAGGCAGGAAAUGGAAAAGGUAUUUACAUAUUUUUAG